CCGUAAUUGCCGCGGCGGUACGUCUCAUAGUACGACAAAUUCAGGCCGUACACCACGAUAUCCGCUAAUUAUUCUUUGUCGUCCACGAUUGUCUGAUUUCUACUGUAAUUCCAUGGCGAACAUUGGCAGCGUCUUUCUUGGUGAUUCGAAGAGGAUUCGUGUACUGUCGUCCUCUAGUACUCCGCCAUCAUCACCGCCUUUGUCAGGUUCCUCGAUGUCGGCCAUUCUGGCCGGAAUAUCAUCCCCUACGCAGUCGCCGCCACCUGUGGCCACGUCACCCAAGUCCUCACCUGCAGCUAAGGAGCCUCGUAUUGAUCCAGAACUUUCGCUAGAGUUGCGCCUACGAUGGCUGGAAGCAAUCGUGUUUGGGGUGAAGCACGACCGAAAGGGCAAGGAGAAGGAGAGGGUACACGGUGACCAGACGCUCAUCCGAGCCGCAGAGACCCUGCAGCACACACUGGACACCAUUGUCGAGAACAACGAUGGGCUCAAACGAUUCAUGAGCCGCUAUGAACAACAUGCCCAUCUCCUGACGCCUUCCUUCGCGCUUGCUGGACUACUUCCAGACGCACCGCCAUAUCAGAAUAUGUCACAAGAAGAACUGGAUGCCUUUGUCGGAGAAAUGGAAAAUGAUAUACGUUCCGCCGACCGUGAUAUGCAGGAGAUCGACGCGUUGCAGAAGAAGGGAGUUACAGGUGCAGGAAAGCUGGCAGGUAUAUUUCUCUAACACGACUAACACGACUAUACUCGUAUCCUCAUAUUGUGUCCCAAGACUACGAGCAGCUGCAACCCCGCCUUGACGCUCUUCGCAAGUCUUAUGACGAGAACAUCGAGCGUGCCGCACGACUUGAAAGGCGUAUUGCUGCUAUACUGGAACGACAUUCUACUCAGGCAUGUCUUGACUUCCCUUUGUCUUCCACAAAAUCUUACUGCCGGCAGGUUGACGCACUGUCGGAGCUGUUUGUGGCGUGGGACGACACUCUCACUGACGCCGAACACAAGA